UAGGAAUUGCACAUCUAGUGCUGGUCCCAAACAAAAAAUGUCAAAAUUUCAGUAACUUUCCAUCAUCAAAAUAAAUCACCUUCAUAUACCCCGCAGAAACAAGACGUAAACAGGAAUUGUCUAUCGGAAAGGCGGCCAGUGUGGAGUGAUCCGACGAAACCGCAGAAUAAUGUACUCGAGGAAUAUUCGCCAGACGAUCAUGAGUUCAACCCAUAACCUUAAAAAUGUCGUCCUCCAAUUCAAGUUACUAAAAGCCGACAACAACCUAUUCAAGUACUCGAUGUCGUUACGUAAGUUCAAUUUGGCCGAACUGCUGGAGAUGCGUAAACUGGCGCUCGAGAAGUUGUUCAGGAACAGCUUCAGACAGGAGCCUUCAAAACUGUUGAAGGUAUGGGCAAGGCAAUGUGAGUGUGUGCUGGCACAAAGGGUUCGAAGGGGACAGCAAAUGUUCUCACUUUAUUCAAAGCUAUGGGAGGAGCAUGCAUUGAGAGAGCUCAUCAAGAAUAUGAGAAAGCAGCUUACAAGGAACGGCAAGGAAUGCCUCUUUAGUGCCAUUGGAGUGGUAUGCUACAACUGGGAGAGGAACAGAAUAUCUGAUGAUGAGAUCAGAAGCCACAUGAACGAAAUUGAAUAUAUACAGCUGCUUCGAGAUAAAACAGUAAAAUGUCAGGUGUGCAAUCAGGAGCCAGAGAUUAGUGACAAGAACAUCAUGGCUUUCUGUGAUUGCAAAGGCAGGAAAGCCUCUUUGGAUACCUUUGAAAACUGGUCAUUGUUUAUACAGCAGAAUGAUUUGAUUGUUUGGAGGAGGUUACAUCAAAGUGGAAGCUAUGAAUAUAAAGUGUACGGUUCUUAUAAUGAUGUCACAGCAGAAGAUUUUCUGAGUGUCCAAAUUGAUACCACUUAUAGAAAGGAAUGGGAUCCAACUGCAAUUGCACUGGAAGUCAUUGAAACAGAUUGUAUACCAUCAAAUAGUGAUCUUGUUUAUUGGGAGAUGCAAUGGCCUAGAUUGUUUUCCAACAGGGAUUAUGUGUUUAAUCGUAGGUUUCUAGUGGAUCCAGCUCAGAGGACUGUGAUGUUACUGAGCAAAGGCACUGAACAUCCAGAUUAUCCUGCAAAAUCGAAUAAGUUCAGAGUGUCGGAUUAUUGGUCGUCUAUGGUAAUUAAGCCUUACACGGAGAUCAACAAGCCAGGUAUCGAAUUUAGUUUAACUUACUACGAUAAUCCUGGUGUGAACAUCCCUGCAUCUGUGACGGCCUGGGUAGCGUACAGAGCGAUGCCGGAUUUCCUCACGCGUUUAAGAGAUGCUACCAAGAAGUAUAAGCAGUAUUGCCGUGAUCACAACUGCAACAGUAUUUACUCGUAUAACGAUAGGACAGUCUCUGAAAUUAACUUAACGCUGGACGAAGACGAGAACAUCCUGGAUAUUUUAUUAGGAAACAGCAAUAGAAUGAACGAUCAGAUGGCUCCUGACUUCAUAUCGAACGAUCACGGCAAGCAGGUGGUGCGAGAAAGGGUAGAGCCACAACUUCCCAGCUCCACGCCUGGUGCAGAUAUCAUCCUGUCACCAUCACCUAUCGUCCAAGAUCAAAGCUACUGGAAAUACCUGCAUCCAACUUACUAUCUAAGUUGAAAAUUAUUUAUUGAAAGUAAACAAUAAAAGACUGCAAUUUGUACAUUAAUUUCUGGUAAAUGCCAAAGCGUUAACAAUUCAACUUUCUGUUUGGAAUUUCGCAAACGGAACCGAGUCGAAACUUUAAUACGAAAUCCGGUCGAAAAGUACAAAAAAAGGGAGGUGCGUUAUUUUAUUCUUUAUAGUCAAUGGGGCGCAAGAUUUACAUUUACGCGUCUCAUCUGUGUUUUAGUUUUUACUUGUUUUAUAUAUAUAAUUGUUAAAUGAAAUAUGUAAUAUUUUUAAUCGAUUGAUUUGCUUUCAAAAAAGCAGUUUUGCCCAAAUGCAAAAGUUAUAUAUUUAUUUGUUAUAAUCGACAUGACUGUUUAUUGGCUGUUACUACAUUACAGAUAAACAUGGUCUAUAUUUA